AAUUCCCGUAAAUCAGUCCAAGAACGAAACAGCUUUAAAGACAAUCCGCCAAACUUCUUCUUCUUCAUUCCAAAACUUCCACUUCCACUUCCACUCACAUUCACUCAUGGCUGAACCAAAUGCAAAUCCAAAGCGUCACUUUCGUUUCACCAUCUUCAUGUUUGCUACUUUUCUAUGCUUCUUUCGUGGCAAGUCAUCUCAGUUUGGCCUGUACAACAGUGGGCUGCAGCUUAACGAAGACGAUAAUGAAGCGAACAUGGCUCAUACCAGGCCUCAAAAUUCCAGGAGUUGUGACUAUACGGCUGGUAAAUGGGUUUAUGAUCCUUCUUAUCCUCUUUAUGACACCACUUGCCCUUAUCUUAGUCGUGGAGUCAACUGCCAGAAAAAUGGACGUCCGGAUUCUGAAUAUCAGAAGUGGAAGUGGAAGCCGCAUUCUUGUUCAAUUCCAAGGUUUGAUGCACUGAAAUUUCUGGCAAAGGUGAGAAGGAAAAGGGUAAUGCUUGUGGGGGACUCUAUAAUGAGGAACCAGUGGGAAUCUCUAGUCUGCUUAGUGCAGGGAGUUGUUCCAACCGGGCGAAAGAAGGUGACAUAUAAUGGGAUUUCCAUGGCCUUUCAUGCUUUGGAUUUUGAUACCUCGAUUGAGUUUUGUUGGGCGCCACUUCUAGUGGAAUUGAAGAAAGGACCUGAAAACAAGAGAAUCCUUCAUUUGGAUUUGAUUGAAGAGAAUGCAAGAUACUGGAGAGGGGUCGACAUUCUUGUGUUUGAUUCGGCUCACUGGUGGACUCACCCUGUCAAGAAGUCGUGGGACUUCUACAUGGAGGGACAUUCUUUGUUUAGAAAUAUAAAUAACAUGGUUGCUUAUCAAAAGGGACUCACUACAUGGGCAAAAUGGGUUGAUCUGAAUCUAGAUCCUCGGCAAACCAGAGUUAUUUUUCGAAGCAUCUCACCCCAGCAUAACAGGGAAAAUGGUUGGAAAUGUUACAAUCAGAAGACACCUUUGCCUUAUAUCAGUCAUCAAUAUGUUCCCGAGACACUACUAGUACUUAAAGAGGUGCUGAGAAGAAUGAGAUUUCCUGUGUAUUUGCAAGAUAUUACGACAAUUUCAGCUUUCCGUAGAGAUGGGCACCCGUCUGUGUACCGUAGGGUGAUGAAUCAAGAAAGGCAGCAGCACCCCACAGACUUCUCGUCCGACUGCAGCCACUGGUGCCUUCCUGGAGUGCCGGAUAUCUGGAAUGAGAUGCUAAGUGCAAUGCUGAAAAAUACCCUCUUGGUAGAAUAACGGUUCUACAAAACUUUAGACUUUGUUUGGGUUGGCCUUGAGUCUGUAAAUAAGUUAUGGUACUUCAGUUUUUGAGUGUUUUAAGAAGAUUUUAUCAGAUGCUGAGUGAAUGAUAUGUGUAGGCAGGAUACCUUUACUUGCCACAAAUUUCUGACUGCACCUCUCACAAUUUUCUUUGUUGCCUUAUGAAAAACUACAUGUUGAAAAGUUGAAAUUACUUAAAUAAAGCAGUGAUUGAAGAGAA